GUCCCCGACGCCAUCAAGCCCGCCCGCAGCCAUGACGAAGAAGCGCAAGAGGUACCCAGACCUCAACCAGAAGCUCGAGCGACCAUGGUGUUACUACUGCGAGCGCGACUUUGACGACCUCAAGAUUCUCAUCUCCCACCAAAAAGCCAAACACUUCAAAUGCGACCGCUGUGGACGCCGGCUCAACACGGCCGGAGGUCUCUCGGUGCACAUGAACCAAGUCCACAAGGAGAACCUCACACAUGUCGAGAAUGCCAACCCGGGGCGCCAAGGGCUCGAGCUGGAGAUCUUCGGCAUGGAGGGUGUCCCCGCUGAGAUAAUAGAGCAGCACAACCAGCAAGUCACACAGGCACAUUUCGCCGAGGAGCAGGAGCGCGCGCGGUUAACAGGUAACCCGAUGCGUGGCGCCUAUGUGAAUGGGCAGGCAGCGCCGAACAAGAGGCCCAAGAUCAACGAGAGUCUGGAAGAGAUUGAGGCGAGGGCCGCCAAGUUCAGAGAGGACCGCAAGAACGGCGUGCUUCCGCCGCCAGUGGAGCCUGUUCAGAAUGCUACACCGCCAGUCGUCCAACCGCCCUAUGGCGCUCCUCCAGGCGCUCCCGCAGGCUUUCCACCAGGCGCCCCUGCAUACCCACCCCAAGGCAUCCCGCAGCCCUUUUCACCCGUCAACACCGCCAUACCUACACGACCAGGCAGCAUACCAGGGCAGCCUGGCGCGCUACCUCCUCGACCAGGCUUCGGUGCCCCACCGCCUGGCGCGUUUCCUCCUGGCCAAAACGGCGACAUAUCCAACUCUGUCGACGAUCUCAUCAACGAGGUUACCAAGGAGGCGGCGCCCAAGGAGGAAAAGAAGAGCAAAAAGGACAAGAACCAGCGACUUAUUUUCUUUGCCGAGACGACGAGUCCAGAGGAGAAGAUGGCGGCGUUACCGAGGUUUGCCGAGUUUAUGCGGACGUGAGGUGGAUUGUAGGACUGGUCAAGGUGCAAAGUUGGUUUCUUGGUAGGGGGAGGAGUCUGGGGCCUGGCAAGAAGAGAAGCUGGGCGCAAAAAGACAGGCUGACUGAUGCCAUGCCAUGCCAUGUGAAAGAUGCGUCUAUGUGCAUAGACUACGAAAUACUUGCAAUAGGAUCAUAAGACGACGCGGGGAUAUUUUGUGGGUAGUUAUUACACUAUAUAUCACCGCGACAAGGCCAUUGAAGGUGGCUGAUUAUGAAGCAAUACUCAGUUCAC